AUGGCUCAGUCAUUGAAAAUUCCGAAAUCGACUCUACUUAUUUAUGCAGAGUCGACUCAGCCGUCGACUCUGACUCCAACGGCUGGUAAUGUUAAAUAUCAAAAAUAUUUGGAUAGUUUACAAAAUGAGCUUUGGGUUAAUUCAGCAAUCAAGAGACAUUUUGACGAAAUUAUAUUGAUAAAAAGCCAAAG